GCCGCUCGGAGCUGUCAGUAGCUGCGGGAGCCCGGGAGCCGAGCAUCCCAGGAGCCGCUGUCAUGGAACGGGACAUGUCGGAGGUCUUCCUGCACAACGACUCCACCUUCUCCACCUCCACCCACGAUGUGGCCAACCGCUUCGCCCGCAAAGGGGCCCUGAGACAGAAGAACGUGCACGAAGUGAAGAACCACAAAUUUAUCGCCAGAUUCUUCAAACAGCCCACCUUCUGCAGCCACUGCACCGACUUUAUAUGGGGUUUUGGGAAGCAAGGAUUUCAGUGCCAAGUUUGCUGCUUUGUAGUUCACAAGAGGUGCCAUGAGUUUGUCACAUUCACUUGCCCUGGAGGAGACAAAGGGCCCGACACAGAUGACCCAAGAAGUAAGCACAAGUUUAAAAUCCACAACUAUGGAAGUCCAACAUUCUGCGAUCACUGUGGGUCCCUUCUGUACGGGCUAAUACACCAAGGCAUGAAAUGCGAAACAUGUGACAUGAACGUCCACAAAGUGUGCGUUGUGAACGUGCCAAGUUUAUGUGGGAUGGACCACACCGAGAAGCGGGGUAGAAUUUUACUGAAAGCUGAAGUCGUCGGGGACAAAUUAAGUGUCACAGUUCGGGAAGCCCGAAAUCUAAUCCCUAUGGAUCCUAAUGGAUUGUCAGACCCUUACGUGAAGCUGAAACUGAUUCCUGAUCCUAAGAAUGAAAGUAAACAGAAAACCAAAACCAUUCGCUCCUCGCUGAACCCCCACUGGAACGAGUCCUUCACUUUCAAAUUAAAGCCAUCAGACAAAGACCGACGACUCUCCAUUGAGAUCUGGGACUGGGAUCGAACCACGAGAAAUGAUUUUAUGGGAUCGUUUUCUUUUGGGGUGUCCGAACUCAUGAAAAUGCCAGCAAGCGGUUGGUAUAAAUUACUGAAUCAGGAAGAGGGCGAGUACUACAACGUACCCAUUCCAGAGGCAGACGACGACGGAAACGAUGAACUGCGCCAGAAAUUCGAGGGUAAAAGACCGGCCCAAGAUAAGAAAGCCAGACUGGGUCCGGCUGGUAAUAAAGUGAUCAGCCCAACAGGUGACCGGAAACCUUACGUCCCGUCCAACAAUAUAGACAGUGUCAAAUUAACGGAUUUUAUCUUCCUGAUGGUACUGGGGAAAGGCAGCUUUGGGAAGGUUAUGUUGGGAGAAAGGAAAGGAUCGGAUGAACUGUAUGCAAUCAAGAUUUUGAAAAAGGACGUUGUCAUCCAAGACGACGACGUAGAAUGUACGAUGGUUGAGAAGAGAGUGCUAGCUCUUAUGGAGAAGCCACCAUUCCUGACACAGCUGCAUUCCUGCUUCCAGACAGUGGAUCGUCUGUAUUUUGUCAUGGAGUAUGUGAAUGGUGGGGAUCUCAUGUACCACAUCCAGCAAGUGGGGAAAUUUAAAGAGCCACAAGCAGUAUUCUACGCGGCAGAGAUAUCGGUUGGUUUAUUUUUCCUGCACAAGAAAGGAAUCAUAUACAGAGACUUGAAGCUGGAUAAUGUCAUGUUGGACUCAGAGGGACACAUAAAGAUCGCAGAUUUUGGGAUGUGCAAGGAGCAUAUGGUGGAUGGCGUUACUACCCGGACAUUCUGCGGAACGCCCGACUACAUUGCGCCCGAGAUCAUUGCAUACCAACCCUACGGAAAAUCCGUUGACUGGUGGGCGUAUGGAGUGCUUUUAUACGAAAUGCUAGCUGGACAGCCACCAUUUGAUGGUGAGGACGAAGAUGAACUCUUUCAGUCUAUAAUGGAACAUAAUGUGUCCUAUCCGAAAUCGAUGUCUAAGGAAGCAGUUUCCAUCUGUAAAGGGUUAAUGACAAAGCACCCUGUGAAGCGCUUGGGAUGUGGGCCAGAGGGAGAAAGGGACGUUCGAGAACAUGCCUUCUUCAGGAGGAUCGACUGGGAAAAGCUGGAAAACAGAGAGAUCCAGCCGCCGUUCAAACCUAAAGUGUGCGGCAAAGGUGCCGAAAACUUCGACAAGUUCUUCACAAGAGGACAACCCGUCUUAACACCCCCAGACCAGCUGGUCAUUUCCAACAUUGACCAGGCGGACUUCGAAGGUUUCUCUUACAUCAACAAGGAGUUCAUACAUCCAAGCUUACAGAGCGCCGUCCCAUGAGCUCAGAGACUUUUCCAUUGCAUUACUGGGAGCACCCAGUAACCCUACAAUUUUAAGGUUGGGGCUUUCCUGCAGAUAACAAGCCUACAAAUUUUAGGGUUAGGAGUAAUUUCUCAAAAGGAAUUUUUUUUUUUAUAUAUAUAUAUAUAAAAAAAAAAGUAUAAAUUGAAAAAAAAUGUUCUGUUAAUCAAAGGUGUGUGUGUGGCAUGGGGACCAUGGAGAUAUGUGCCGCGGACCGUGCAAACGGGGGGUAGAUUAGAGUCUAGCGUUCUUAGUAGGUUGACAUUUACAGACAGGAGUGUUAAGUGACACCAAGUAUGGCUGAUUCUUUCAAAGUCUUCCUUCAACUCCUGAUUGCACGAAAGGCAACAUACAAACAGAACAUUCAAACACCGUUGCCAUAACGAUCCCUGUUUACGGUACACAACAGGACGUUCUCUAAGAUUUGUCUAGAAUCUUUUACCGAGAAGCAUCAUAUGGGUACUUGGUUGCUAGACAGGCCAAAUAAUGAUGUUGCCAAGGGUAACUUUAAUGGUAGUAGCCAUUGCCUACAAUCUAGAAAAUCCAGGCACACACAAGAUUUAGGGAGCAGGAAAGGACACAAGAUUACGGGUUGGAGACUUUUGGAAAAGGGGUUGUUGAUUUAGAAAAUAAAAGGUACUAUACAAGUGGUUCUAGGUGCAGAUCGGAAAGAGAUUGUCCCACAAUGCCUUUCUAAGACAGAAGGUUAAGCGAUGUUGCUUACUUGUUGUUUUAUUAAUUAAACCUUGCUAAUUUACAAUAAUCACUUAAUGGGACACCGUGACCCAAGAAGAAGGUGUGUGUUUGUUAUUUUUAUGUUUCUCUUGUCCAUAGAAUUGAUGUUUCUGGUUAUAUAUUUUUUUUUUUGCAUCAUGCAAUGAUUAAGCAUGUUUACGGUAUCUGAUCCUAAUUGAUUCUGUGAUCUGUUGAAUUCUCUCCAUUAAGAGUAAUAUAUAUAUAUAUAUAUAUAUAUAUUAAAAAAAAAAAUAGAAGAUAAAAAUGACUUGCUUUGUGAAACCUUUGCUCAUCUGAGCUCUUAAUAUAGUUUUAGGAUAAUGAUUGUUGCAUCCUUGUUUGACUUUUCUACAUCCUGUCUGUGAAAUAGGAUAUAUGUGCUUUUCUAUUGUAACGAUUUUAAAUCUCUCGGCCAAUGGAAAGAUAAAUGGUGCUUCAGUGAAAGUUCUACCAUUUUAUUUUAUCCUUUCCCUACCCAAAAAUUAAACCCCCUUUUCAGAGGGUAAGGGAUGAUUUUAAUUCAGAGUUAAUAUAUUUGUAUAAAACGUUUCUCUCCACGUCAAGAGAUUUUCAACACUUUGUAUUUCUAUUUAUUUACCCCUUUUUUAGGUCUUGUUCUAUUUGAAUGAAUUUUUAAAAACAAAGCUUUUUCUUCCUUGCACAUGUGAAAGGCGGGGGGGCAUGCUGUAAAAGUCGCAUGCAGAAUCAUCUGCAGGUCGCGUUGCAUGAUGCGGCAUUAUGAAAGCGAAAUUAGUUGCCAUAAAUGCAAAAUACAAAUCAUUUUCCAUGCUUUUUGUAUUGGCUUUUGCAGUAAAAAAAUAAGUCAUUUAGAAAUUUGACAUGUUUAGCUAUGUGCCAAAACAAGAGAUUCUUAUCCUGCUCAGCGUGGGAAUGAAGAUGGCAUUUUAAAACCCUUAAGGAGAAAUUUUCCUAAACCAGUUGGUUUAAUGGUUAUAUUAAUCUUUGAAUAAAGAGACACAGUAUUAAAACCCACCUGAGCUGCCAAAUGGGAUUUUAAAUUUGUCUACAAUGUGUCCCAUCCUAGAACACACAUCCAAUUCUAGAUCUGUGCAAUUAAAAAGUGCCUAUUUGCCCUAAACCAGUUUUUAAAAA